AUGUCGGGCGACAUCUCGCCGAUCGAGGAGGACGACGACGCGGAGCUGCAGAACGAAGUGGCGAUCAACUCGGGAAUGCCCAACGAACACACGCAUCGCCUGUCGGAGUCGUACGAGGAAGGUUCUCUGGAUGUUUCCAUCGAGGGCAGUUUGGACGGCCAUUCCAGGCCCCACUCGCGCACCAAUUCCCACACCAAUCUCCUCGACGAUAUCUCCGUCCACUCGUCCAUGCAUUCGCCCAUUCAUUCUGAAAAGCACUCGCCCGUCCAUUCUGAAAAGCAUUCGCCCGUCCAUUCUGAAAAGCAUUCUCCCAUUCAUUCUGAGAAACACUCGCCCACGCACUCUCCGCACUCUCCGACUCGCUCCAUGGGAGCGAAAUCGGGCUCGGAGUCGGAGUCGGAACUUCUGCUCGACUCGAAAAUGGCUUCGGCGAGCGACUUGAUGGGGAUGAUGCUGGUGCAGCACCAGACGCCCGACUACUCCAAGGACAACCAGGAAUUGCUGGUCGACGCGUUCCCGCCCGAGACGCAGCCGCCCGCGAAGACGUCGAGGUGGGCCUUGCUGAAGCAGACGGUGCGCUGCGAAGUGGAGUACUACCGGAAGCUCAGCUGGAUGAACAAGAUCGUGUACUGGCUGGAGGCGCCCAUGACCCUUCUGCGAAACAUGACGAUCCCCGUGGUGAUGGAAGAGCGCUACGACAAGUUUUUGCUGUUGUCCACGGCGUUCGGCAUGCCGCUGUUCAUCUUCCACAAGUCGGAGAAAGCGCUGUCGGAGCUGAUGUUCGGACUGCCCUGCUGGGUGGUGCUGCUGGGCAUCUCCCUGGUGCUGUUCGUGUUCUUCGCCUGCUGCAUGCCCUUCGAGGGAGCGCCCAAGCAGUCCAUGUUUUUUAUCAUUCUGUUUGUGUCGUUCUUCAUGUCGAUCAUGUGGGUCGAAGAGAUCGCGGACGAAUUGGUGAAUCUGAUGAACGCGCUGGGGUCGAUCGCGGGCAUUCAGCCGUUCGUGAUGGGUCUCACUGUGCUCGCUGUGGGGAACUCGAUCAGCGAUCUCGUGGGAGACGUCACCAUCACCAAGCAGGGAUAUCCGCAGAUGGCCAUUGGUGGAAUCUACGCAUCGCCGAUGUUCUCGAUGCUGAUGGGGCUGGGAGUCGCGCUGGGCAUCCGAAUGGUGGAAUUUCCGGAUGAGGACAUCACGCUGGGAGAAGAUACGAUUGUCAUCAAUCUCACGUUUAUCUUUUUGAUCUUGACGCUUUUGACGACACUGAUUGUGGUGCCGCUGCAAAAGUUUACUUAUACCAAAAAGUUUGGUGUUAUCCUGAUCUCUAUUUAUCUAUUAUCUAUGAUUUUAAAUCUUCUGGCUUCGUGCGGAAUUCUGCACAUCCCCUUCCUUGAACCCAAGACAAUGUGA